AUGGCAAAGCUUUUCUAUUUGGCGGCCUUUGGGCUUGCCGCUUCACAGACUUGCGUGGCACCAAAACACGAAAUCUUCUGGCCAAAGUACGAAGCCGGAACCGCUUCUCGACUUCUCCAUCCUCCACAGCUCCAUUGCCAGUUUACCGAAUGUCCUCCUCUUUUCACCGACAGACGUUCUUGCAACAGAGUCGGAAUCGCCUACCACGGAGAUAUGGCAAACGACAGACUUGGUGAUUUCAAAUUUACCCAAGCUCACCCUCCCAUUGCUCGAAGAGACUUCUUGCGAACCGUCUACCAGCCAAUUGUCCAGACUUUUGCCGAGUACAACCGAGAAGUCAUUGAUCUUGGCGACCUCCACAGCAGAAGCUUUGAUCGACUUAGAACUGGACUCGAAGCUGGAGAUGUCCUCAUCUAUGUCGCCAACGAGUACCAAGAUAACAGUGCAACCGUCAAUUUCUGCAAACAACUGAUUAACCGAGGAGUCGUCAUCCUUCCAGUUUUCGUCGGAUCUGAUGGAGAUAUCGGCCAACUUGCGCUUCUUGCUGAGACUCAGAAGACCGGCGCUAUCCAGGAUGCUCUCCGACAGACCCGAGCUGCUCAGCGAUUCCUCGAUGCCAACACUGGUGGACUCAUUCUUCCAGCUGUUGAUACUGGCAUGGGAACUGGAUCACGACGACGAGAAGCUAUUGUCAUGUUCUCAGCGCUCUUUGCUCAGUGCCCUGGAUCUUGCAUCUCUUACUGUGAAACCAACUUCCAAGAACAAAGAGUUUCUUUCCCAGAGCCACGAAAUGCUAAGGCUGGAUGCUGCGGGCCAGUCGGUCCUGAUGGCCCCAUGGGACCUCAAGGAAAUCCCGGACCGGCCGGAUGCGAGGGACCAACAGGAAGAAAUGGACCUGAUGGAGAACCUGGCCCAGCUGGACCUCAAGGAGACUGUGGUGCCCCAGGUGGACCCGGUCGACAAGGUCUUCCCGGUGCCCCAGGAGCUCAAGGAAACAGAGGAGCUGAUGGCGAGCCCGGAGAAUGCGGAGCUAACGGCAAGCGAGGUCUUCCGGGCAGCCCUGGCCUUCCCGGAAAAGCUGGUGAGCGAGGUGCUCCUGGUGCUCAAGGCCCAUGUGGAUCUCCUGGUGCUCAAGGUGAACGGGGACCAAAAGGUUCAAGGGGUCUUCCUGGUAACAUCGGCGCCAAUGGAAUCGGUAUGCUAACUCGGAACAUCGACUUUGCCAACGCCCAACAGGAUCUGUUUGACCGGGCUCUAUUUGAAGUACUUCAAGACACAACUGUUUGGAAUUUGGUUCACCAACAUGUUAGACCCGCCGAGCCCUACAAUUCUUGCAGCUGUGACGUUUAA